UGUAUUGUUUGAUGGUGACAAUAGUAGUUUUGGCGGAUGCCCGUUUUAUUCGCUCCGAAAGGUCAACUUCAUACAUACCAUAUGGUCUCAACUCACCGUGUGGGCCCAGCUAUAGUGACACUCCUCUGUUCAUGCCUAUUCGACCUUUACAUAGGAAUGAUGUUCUACCCAAAGUGGAGGAGGCACAAGGCCUAACCAACCAACUCAGGGACAGUUAUGAAAUGAUGCCAUUGCCUGAGAUUUACUCUGAGGAAGUGAUAGGACUGCCUGGACCAGAAGAAAUAUCUGCCUCUCAAAACGUGACUAUUGAUUACAUCAUUGUCUCCCACCUACUUGUGUUUGUCGACAUAGUCUGUACAGACAACACUAUUCCACGUGAUAUCCUGCAUCCACAUCGACGCGCCCUCUGGCAGCAACUCCGCUUAGAAAUACUCAACUUCCUGUGUAGCAUGCACGGGACAAUGGCCCAGGUCCCUCAUGUCUCGAAUGAUAUCACCCUUCCAUGUGUCAGAGAGGCUUCCUGUAAUGGUCCACGCUCGGGAUUUACACGUGACAGUCGAAACUUCCUUAUAGCCAGUGCUGUCCGGGACGUGUUUAGUCGCCUCCAGCACAAAUACAGUUUGUUAUGA